GUCCAGGACGGAACGGGCAGCAGCACGGUACUGCACAUUUUCUCUGCUCGAGGAGACCUGCCAAUGAUCAGCUUUCUCUUGGGCCACGGGGCGGACGUCGAGGCCAGAGACAGGAAUCACCGCACUCCUCUGCAUCAGGCUGCUUUGUGUGGGCACACUGACGCAGCGCGAGAGCUGCUGAACAGAAAUGCAGACCUAAAUGCUCAAGAUCGACAGGGAAGAACACCACUCUAUCUAGCUACGUUACGAAAGCAUGCAGAUGUGGUUCGAUUUCUA